GAUCCGUCAAUUACACGACUCCCACAACCAAACCAACAAUCACUAUAAAUAAUGUCACAUAAAAGGAGCUCAAAAUAUUGAAUGUCUUUUGCUAUUACACCAAUGUAGUGAGAAAUAAUUAUUAAAGAACUCUUGUUUAAGCAAACGCCCAACGGGUGUGACAGAGGCGCCUUACCUAAGCUAGUUAUAUACUGCAUCAUUCUUUUCUUCUUGAAGAAAAGUUUCUUUUUUUUCUUGAGUUUUUGUAUUAGAAAAAAAAAAGAGUUCAAUUUUAACACCUCCCCUCUAUACAGCAGAAAUGUUUCAAAUUGAAACCUUAUGGAAAAAGAAGUUCCUCUACAAUUUCAGCCACAGCUCAAGCAUUUUAUUCCUAUAAACACUUGUACAAAUUCCAAGAAUCGUACCCCUUUUUCUGUAUUUAAAUUCGGGGUCUGCAAAUCUUUCAAGAAUCUGUACCAAAAAGCAAAAUUGACAAACGGGUUUGGCAGUAAAAGAUUUGAUUUUGAUGGGGUUGUAGUGGAAAACUCAGUUUUUCUUGAUGAUAAAAUGGAGGUUUUGACUGAGAAGAGUGAUGGAACAGAGGGGAAAUUUGAGUUUUCUGAGGAGAAUGACAUCAAAAUUGAGUCUUUUGUGUAUGAGGAGGGUAUAGAGAGCAGUUUAAGUUCAGAUUUCUUGGUAUCUGAGGGAACUGUGAAUGAUGAAGAACAUAGCUCUGAGGAUUCAUGUUCACCCCUUUCAAUUGUUUGGCAUAUUCAGAAGAAUGAGGUGCAGCAUUGUGCUGAUUCUGAAGAAGUCGAGAAACCCCAUGUGGAUAAGAGGAAGUUGGAGAAACAAGGGUCUUGUUUAUCAGAGGUUGAGAUGAUGAAGGAAAGAUUUUCAAAGUUGCUGCUUGGUGAAGACAUGUCUGGUUGUGGAAAUGGGGUUUGCACAGCACUUGUAAUUUCAAAUGCUAUAACUAAUUUAUGUGCUACACUUUUUGGACAAAUUUGGAGAUUGGAACCUUUACCUACAGAGAAGAAGUUAAUGUGGAGGAGAGAAAUGGAAUGGCUUCUUUGUGUUAGUGAUUACAUUGUAGAAUUGAUACCCUCUUGGCAGACAUUUCCAGAUGGGACUAAGCUUGAGGUAAUGACUUCUAGGCCGCGGUUGGAUCUUUAUGCCAACCUUCCAGCACUCAGAAAACUAGACAAUAUGCUUCUUGAGAUUUUGGACAGUUUUAGAAAAACAGAAUUCUGGUAUGUCGACCAAGGGCUCUCAGCUGAAGAAGCUGAUGGAUCAUCCUCAUUUCGAAAUCCUCUCCCUCGUCAAGAGGAGAAAUGGUGGCUUCCUGUUCCUAGAGUCCCCAUCGAUGGUCUUAGCCAAAAUGCAAAAAAGCAGUUGCAGCACAAACGCGACUGCACAAACCAAAUCUUGAAAGCUGCAAUGGCAAUUAACAGCAAUACCUUAGCUGAAAUGGAGGUGCCUGAAUCAUAUAUUGAGAAUCUUCCUAAGAAUGGAAAAGCUAGCUUAGGUGAUCUUAUCCACCGAUAUAUCAUCUCAGAUCAAUUUUCACCUGAAUGUCUGCUUGACUGCCUUGAUUUAUCGUCUGAGCACCAAGCAUUAGAAAUAGCAAACCGAGUAGAGGCCUCAAUUUACGUGUGGCGCAGAAGAACUCAGGCAAAAUCCAGUCUGCUCCGAUCCACUUCGAAGUCCUCAUGGGAAAUGGUUAAAGAUUUGAUGAUUGAUGUUGAUAAAAGGGACCUACUUGCAGAUAGAGCUGAAAGCCUUUUGCUUUGCUUAAGACAGCGGUUUCCUGGUCUUCCUCAGACCACCUUAGACAUGAGCAAGAUCCAACAUAACAAGGAUGUUGGCAAAUCAAUCCUGGAGAGCUACUCAAGAGUUCUUGAGAGCCUAGCAUUCAAUAUCAUGGCUCGUAUCGAUGAUCUUAUUUAUGUUGAUAAUUUAACUAAGCACUCGGACCAAUUUGUUCCAAUCUCCAAAGUAGGCAUCAUUUCUCAUAAAACCAUUGGAACUCCAAUCUCAGUACACGUCUCGGGUAGUCAGAUCAAAGCUCCUUUCACCACACCAAUCUUGUCUUCCCAGCAUAUUACUCCAGCAAAAGGAGACAGAUCACAAUUCCUUGACAGCAGCAAGAAUUCUCAGUUUGGUUUUGGCGUGAAAAAGAUGUUGACUGAUGAUUGGAGCGUUGAUUCUAAUGGGAAGGACAUCAGCAAUGAACUUAAGAGAUCAGAUUCAGCAACAGCAUCAGUCGGCUCCUCUGAAUGUUCAGGAGAAAUUGUGAGUCCAUCGACACAUGACUAACUCGGAAAAGCACAAGUUUUUAUGGAUAAAGUUAGCUCUUUCAAGCAUAUUGUCACUGAUGAUAUAGAAGGGGAACUCCAGUGUGAUAUAGGUUCAAUCUUAUAUUAUUUAAAACGUUCAUUCAACGAUUUCUUUAUACUUCAAUGUUAGUUUUCUCUGUCCUCUCAACAUUUAUUCUGUUGUGCAGUUUUGUCAUCUUUCAUACAGGCUUAAUCUGAUGGCAAUGACGAACAUUUACAUUGUAUAAAAGUAUAUUGAUCGUCCCCGUUACCAUGUAUAUUUAUCAGCCAGUGUUACCUUAAUGUAUUUUAUUUCCAGUAA